GAUUAUAUAUCGAUGGUUCAUCUAGUGACAUUUGUUGACAUCGAGGACGUGGAAGUUUUUUCAGAUGAAAUUGAGUUCCCACGUGUCAGCGGUAAUAAGAUACUUGUGUCAGAAAAAGCAUGCAAGUAUAUUAAAAACAAAGCCAUUCAACGUUUCGCGCGUAAACUACGAAAGCAUUUGGGGAAGCACAAAGAAGAACAGGCACGUUAAACUCGGUGUAUCAGCGAACAGAAUGGCAGAUCCAAAGACAGAAGAAAUUUUGUCGCCGCUUCGAGCCGCAGUCAAAGAACAGGGGGACGCGGUGCGGGCCCUGAAGGCCAGCGGCGCCCCAGAGCUGGACGUGAAGAAGGCGGUGGCAGAGUUGAAGCAGCGCAAGAAGGCGCUGGAGGACAGGGAGCUGGCGCUGGCCCCGGUCGAUGCCUCGUUCGACCGCGCGCGCAUGGAGGACCUGCUGAAGCGACGCUUCUUCUUCGACCAGUCCUUCGCCAUCUACGGAGGCAUCACGGGGCAGUUUGACUUUGGGCCGAUGGGCUGCGCGCUCAAGGCCAACCUGCUGCACGCCUGGCGCAGCUUCUUCGUGCUGGAGGAGCAGAUGCUGGAGGUGGACUGCUCCGUGCUCACCCCGGAGCCCGUCCUCAAGGCGUCGGGCCACGUGGACCGCUUCGCGGACCUCAUGGUGAAGGACGCGGGCAACGGGGAGUGCUUCCGGCUGGACCACCUGCUCAAGGCCCACCUGGAGCGGCUGGCGGCCGACAAGAAGACGAGCGCGGCCACGCGCGACGAGUGCCGCGACAUCGUCGUCAGGCUGGACGGCAUGUCGAAGCAGGAGAUGGCGGACGUGCUGAGGAGGUUCGACGUCCGGUCCCCGCUCACGGGCAGCGCGCUCUCGGAGCCCAUCGAGUUCAACCUGAUGUUCGGGACGCAGAUCGGUCCGUCCGGACUCAUCAAGGGGUUCUUGCGGCCGGAGACGGCGCAGGGCAUCUUCGUGAACUUCAAGCGCCUGUUGGAGUUCAACCAGGGCCGCCUGCCCUUCGCCGCGGCCCAGAUCGGCAACGCCUUCCGCAACGAGAUAUCCCCGCGCUCGGGACUCAUCCGGGUCAGGGAGUUCACGAUGGCGGAGAUAGAGCACUUCUGCGACCCGAGCGACAAGAGCCACCCCAAGUUCCCCGCGGUGCGCGACACCCGGCUGCUGCUCUACUCCGCCUGCAACCAGAUGGACGGCAAGUCUGCGGAGACGGUCUCUGUGGGGGACGCCGUGGCCCAGGGGCUGGUAGCCAACGAGACGCUGGGCUACUUCAUGGCCCGCAUCCAGCGCUUCCUGCUGCUGGCGGGAGUGGACGAGCGCAAGCUGCGGUUCCGCCAGCACAUGGCCAACGAGAUGGCGCACUACGCCCGCGACUGCUGGGACGCCGAGCUGCUCACGUCCUACGGCUGGAUCGAGUGCGUGGGCUGCGCGGACCGCUCGGCCUUCGACCUGACGCAGCACUCCAAGGCCACGGGCGUGCGGCUGGCCGCUGAGAAGAAGCUGCUCGAGCCCAAGGUCGUGGACGUCACAGAGCCGCAGCCUAACAAGGGCGUGCUGGGGAAGGCCUUCAAGAAGGACGCGAAGCUGGUGAUGGACCACUUGUCGGCCCUGGACCGCGAGGACAUCCUGCAGCUCGACAGGAAGCUGUCCGAGAACGGGCAGCACGUGCUUGCGGUGGACGGCAAGGACUACCGCCUCACCCGCGACAUGCUGGCGGUCAAGAGCUACCAGAAGACGGUGCAUGUGGAGGAGAUCAUCCCCAGCGUGAUCGAGCCGUCCUUCGGCAUCGGCCGCAUCAUGUACGCUCUGUUCGAGCACAACUUCCGCACCAGGGAGGGCGACGAGCAGCGCACGUUCCUGUCGCUGCCCCCGGUCGUGGCCCCCCUCAAGUGCUCGGUGCUGCCCCUCAGCGGCAACGCGGAGUUCCAGCCCUUCACGAGGCGGCUGUCGCAGGAGCUGACGCGGCUGGACGUGUCACACAAGGUGGACGACUCCAGCGGCUCCAUCGGCCGACGCUACGCUCGCACGGACGAGAUAGCCAUCCCGUUCGGCGUGACCAUCGACUUCGACAGCCUCAAGGCUCCCCACUCCGCCACCCUGCGUGAGCGCGACUCCAUGGGCCAGGUCCGGAUCCCGCUGGACGAGCUGCCCGGCGUGGUGCGUGACCUGUCCUACGGCAAGACGACGUGGCGGAGCGUGGAGGCGCGGUACCCCAGGUUCGAGCAGCAGGAGACGACGAGGGCGGCGUGAGCUCCGCCCCUCCGCCCCACGCCUGUCGUUUAUUUCAGUUUCUUGUUUUUUUAUAAGUAUUUAUUAUUUAAGGACUGUUUCUUGUAGCUAUCGUUCAUUUUGUUAGGUCUCAAAUCUUCCUUAUCUAGACGUGGUAAGUCUCGCAGGUGUUCACAAUUCUGAUCGCUUGCUUGACCUCUUACAGUUCAGAAAUAGAGUUCAGUAAAUAACUGGUGAGAGUGCAAGAGCUAUCGGAACAGAUGUGAUGCAAGGGAAAGUCCCGUAGUGAAUGGCACUGACAAGGAAAUGUGGUAACCACAGUAGCAUGUGAGGCCGAGUCUGACGAGAGAGGAUCUCCUACACGCUGUCCGUGGCGAGUAAACCCAUCCACGGAGCGCGGCAGCAGCAGAGGCCCGAGCAAACACUAGUUCUGUGGUGGGAACCGAUUUUCAAGUUGAAAGUUUAAAAUAUGCAUCAAGUCAAAUUGAAUUGCAAAUAUUUUUUCUUAACAUGGCCGUGUUAUACUUAUUUUAGAAAAUCAUUUAAUAAAAAAAUGAUGUAACUAUGCAUAAAAAAAUAAUUUUGUGCAUUGAUAAAAGCAGACCUGAGCUUUGUCGCAAAUGCCAAGCUUAGCAUCACAUUCGAAGCUUCAGAUAAAAUGAAUAGCAAAUUCCCUGAUGUAGUCAAAUCGAAAAUUAAAAAGAGGUUUGAUUUGAUUUGCUUAAUUGAAUCUUCGCACAGAACUAAUUCAUAUGUUUGUUAUUUGUUUUCAGUAAUAUCCCAUGAUUUUUGGUUGAAAGGUCACAAUUCUUGUGUGUGUUUUGGUUACACAUCUUCGCAGUUUAACUUUUAGUUGAUUGUAAAUAAUUAAUUAACAUUUUACCAUCUAUUCUUUGUGACGUGUUAUUGUGAGCAAUCCUGCUGCUGUCAAGGCUUUCUACUAUCGAGCAAUCUUCUCUGAAAUAAACUGCUGGUUGGUUUAGUGA